CCCUUCGUAGGACAGAAUGGCGUUUUUUUUGUGUCUGUGUUUGUGUAGCUGUGGAUGUGUGCAGUUUUGUGAUGUGUAUCCCCAGAGUGGUAGAAAUCAGGCAGAGAUAAGGGCAGCCUACUGGAUGGGGGAGAAGGGGGCAGGUUAAGUGUUUUCCGCUGAUGUGUGCAUCGGUCAACAGCGAUGAAGCAUAUAUAUUCAGAGAGGUGAUGCCAGAGUGGAGGGACAAGGUUCUUGGCACUAGCUGCAACGCACCAAACAGCGUCUCACCACAACCGCAACAAAGCAUCAUGGAAACUGCCAUCUCCACCCUUGUCAGCCAGUUCAAGGCCUAUGCUGGGAAAGAUGGUUCUGCCAGCACCCUGAGCAAAGACGAAUUCCAAAACCUGGUGACCUCUCAGCUACCCAACUAUGUCAAGAACUCCGGCGACGCUGAGGCGAUUGACCAGCUCAUGGGUUCACUGGAUGAGAACAACGACGGGGAGCUGACGUUCUCCGAGUUCUGGCAGCUGAUUGGAAAACUUGCGAGCAAACAGGGCGGCUUCAGUCAGUAGAGCUCGCCAUCCUGUGUCAAUUGUGGCUUUGAGCAGAUUGUGCAACGCCAAUCGACUCAGUUUAAGAUGUCCAACUAUAAAACUCAAAGGCAUUUGAAUUCUUUUAUCACUCCACCAGUGCCACAUGUGUAACUCUUUAGUUAACCAUUUGUUGAAUGCAGGGAACUUUGAAUUAAAGGCUUCAUUGUCAUGAACCCUGAGCCACCA